AUGGCAUUACCUAAUGAUAUAAUUUAUGAUAUCUUGCCACAACUUCAUGAUGAUAUGCGUACUUUGUACCGAUGUCUCUUAGUAAAUCGUCUUUGGUGUCGAAUAACGGUCCCAAUUUUAUGGUGUCGGCCGUUUACAAUUUCAUCCAAACCUUUUACAAAUAAGCAUCGCACGAGUCGUACUCUUAUAAUACAGACUUAUGUUUCAUGUCUUAACCAAGAUGAACUUGCAUAUUUGAUCCCUUACAGAAUAGAUUUUCUUGAUAUUCGACCGACAUUAUUUCCUUAUGAAAAAUAUCUUCAAGAACUUUCCGAUAAUGCUAUAGACAAAGGUGUAAAAGGAUGGUUUCAGGGAAAGAAACUUACUUUUCCUUUUGUCGAAUAUGAUCAUAGAGCUGAGGCUCUUACUUAUUCACUCUGGCGCAUGUUCAUGCGUCAAUGCGUGAAGAUACAAUCGGUAUCUAUUAUGCCUUUGUAUGUUCGAUCCGGUAUUUCGAAUGUACCAAAUUUCUCCGAUUCAAUGUCUGCUUUAUCUCAUGUACGAAGUUUCACAUGCAGAAUCGAUUGGAGUGAUAGUGCUGAAAAGUAUCAAAAAACCAUACAACUAUUACAGAAAUUAGAAUUAGUUUGCAAAAAAAUAACGCAUAUGAAAGUUUACAUACAUGAAAAGGCUGACCCAGGCGUUCUAAAUGCAAUUGUUCAGAUCAUUAGAGUACAAAAAGGUAUCAAAGAAGUCUCUUUUAAGAAUAAUAUGAUUCUGAAAGGAAAUCUUUAUCAAUUUAGGCCACUCUUGGUUCCAGUCAUGGAAUCACAGGCAAAAUAUGUAACUUCGUUAGCAUUUCGAUCAGUUAAAUUUAAUGAGAUUUCAAUUGUUGCUUUGGCUGGCUUCCAUUCAUUAGAGUCUCUUUGUCUACAGAAAUGUCGAAAUAUGACAAUAGAACAUAGUAUUAUGCUGUCUACAGCGUCAUUCCGUCUAAAAUUUUUAUCUUUACUGAGAAAUUCAUGGUCAAACUCUAUUACUGCAGCACUUAUUGCUAAGGCAGGUGUCACUUUACAACAGAUGGUACUGGACAAUGUUUGCACUGAAACUACACAAGCUGCAUUAGACCAUUGUCCAAACCUUACCAUUUUAUACAUAGAGGUAUCGGUUUACAAUUAUAGCCUAAUUACUUGGAUUGGCUCUACAAAAAUUCAACAACUAGAAAUAUCAUUCGGCGGAAUAUUCCGAUUAUCCACCGAAGACACAACUAAAUCAUUACAAUUAUUAAGAGAACAUCUUCCCACUUCGGUGGUUUACCUGAAAUUAGAUGGUUUAUACAUUUCUAAUGAGGCAUUUACCGAUUUUAUUAAUAAUUGCAAAGCUCCAUUAUCAACUUUAAUUAUUUCAAUUGAUUGUUAUCAUGAUUUUGAAGAGAGUGCACUUACUGUUCUCAACUUUGCUUCUAAACGCAAGACUUUGAAAAAAUAUGGAAAUUAUGACAGUAAUAGGUAUGUACAGAAUGUGUCUAUUAGAGAACUGGAAAAACAUGGGAUCAAGAUAUUAAAUACGUAUGAUAUUAAGAGUCUAUCAUCGAAAGCAUUUUAA